UUCCGGUGACCGCGUACGCAUCCAAGGCAGCGGGAUGGAGGAGGUGCCUCACGACUGUCCGGGAGUCGGCAGCGCCCAAGCAGGUCGAGGGGCCUCAUGUCAGGGGUGCCCCAACCAGGGACUCUGCGCUUCUGGAGCUGGUGCCGCUCCGGACCCGGCCAUAGAGGAAAUCAAAGAAAAAAUGAAGACCGUGAAACACAAGAUCUUGGUGUUGUCUGGGAAAGGCGGCGUUGGGAAAAGCACAUUCAGUGCCCAUCUGGCCCACGGCCUAGCAGAAGAUGAAAACACACAGGUGGCUCUUCUAGACAUUGAUAUAUGCGGACCGUCAAUUCCCAAGAUCAUGGGAUUAGAAGGAGAACAGGUUCACCAGAGUGGCUCGGGCUGGUCUCCAGUGUUCCUGGAAGACAACUUGGGGGUGAUGUCGGUGGGUUUCUUGCUCAGCAGCCCCGAUGAUGCCGUCAUCUGGAGGGGACCAAAGAAAAAUGGCAUGAUCAAGCAGUUCCUCCGAGACGUGGACUGGGGCGAGGUGGACUACCUCAUUGUGGACACCCCACCCGGGACGUCGGACGAACACCUCUCGGCCGCGCAGUACCUGGCCGCAGCGCACAUCGAUGGGGCGGUGAUCAUCACCACACCGCAGGAGGUGUCGCUCCAGGACGUCCGGAAAGAGAUCAACUUCUGCCACAAGGUGAAGCUGCCCAUCAUCGGGGUGGUGGAGAACAUGAGUGGCUUCAUCUGCCCCAAGUGCCAGAAGGAGUCUCAGAUAUUCCCGCCGACGACUGGGGGUGCGGAGGUCAUGUGCCAGGGCCUGAAGGUCCCGCUUCUCGGCAAAGUGCCUCUGGAUCCACGCAUAGGUGGGUGAGUCCCCGGUGGAGCCGGCACGCCCUCCAGCUGAGAGGAGCAGUGAGACACGUGGCGGCGUGUAGCCGAGGGAGCAGGAGAACUUUG